AUGAAGAUAGAAGUCCCAUAUUCUUCACCGAGCGACGGCUCGCCCACCAGUUCAGAGACCAGUCCGAAGACAAGCCUCAAAACGACCCCGAAUGCGAGCGCAACGAAUAGCCCGCAGACUACUCCAAAGAGCAGCCCGGAUUUGAGUUCCUGCCCAAGCCCUUCCUCACCACCACCAUGUCCUCCCAGCACAGCCUCUCCGACUACAAGCCCAUCAAAGGGCCACAAAAACCUUCAACCCACCGUGGAAGACCCCGCAGACUCUGACCCUGAUACCGAGCCUGGUAUGAUCCCAUUCGAAGUCCAGUUCGCACACUGCAUGAGCCUUGGCUAUCCAGACCAGCAAUAUUACUCCACUCGCUACCCCAUCCGCCUUCCCUCUGGAUACUGGUUAGCAAAUGACAUCUCCCUCGACCAAGUCGUAGGCAACAUCCCCAUCGUUGGCUAUGUGAAUGAAAACGAUCAGCCAAUGCCCUCUCUCGAUGGUCCAGAUAUCCACUUGACCCUGGCGACCAUUGACGCCAUCACCCGCAUCGGAGAAGAGAACGACUGGAACGCAAUGUUGGAUCUGGGACAGGUAUUCUACCUUCACGGUCCACGAAAAGGUCAACUCAACGAUGCAUACGCCUGGAUUGCUCUCCGAGGAAACGACGGAGAUAAAUUCAUCAUGUCUCGACAUGCUCGCAACCGUCUUGUACCCAACUGGAAGGCACUGAUCAAGGACUGGGAAGACUUCGACGAAAGCAUUACCGAUCCAUGCCAUGAACUUCGGAAGAUGGCUAUGAUAAGCAGUUCCCAGGCGAUCCAUUUUGUUCAAUUUCUGUGUGCUCGGAAGGGAAUAGAUUUGAUCGAUGUGAAUCUGCAGGAUUUCCUGACUGGCAAACUCAAAGCUAGCCAUCCUGCUGCCAAACUUAUCGCAGCCUGCCAGAGAAUAUUGGUUACCGCGAAAUCGUUUGAGGAUGCUACUGAGAAGAUGCAGGCGCUCGUGGACAAGAUCAACAUUUGA